GGAACGAAACCAAAUCCUUAUGUUGGAGUUUUUUCUUCUUCCUUUCAAUUGAAGUUUAAUUGAAACAAGCUUGAUGUAAAGGAUCGGGGAGAUAAAGGCGCUUCUUUUUCCCUCCUUUCACCUUCACAGUGCACCUUUCCACUUCAUCACCUUUUUCUGUUUUCUUUCCGUCGGUACGUUUGGCUUCUCGCACUGUAUCACUUGUGCACCCUUUUCACCAGUUUUCUUUUCCUUCUUCUUCCUCCUCGUCAAUCUUCCCAGGAAAACUUUGGGGGGAAAAUAGAGGAAGUGAAUUUUUUUUUGUCUUUUUGGGAAUAAAUACCAAGAAGUCGCGAUGAGCAAUAUAAAGUCUGAGGCUGAGUCAAACAACAACAAUGUGGAAGAAGAGGUACGGACACUCUUUGUCAGUGGACUUCCAGUUGAUAUCAAACCUCGGGAACUCUACUUACUUUUUAGACCAUUUAAGGGUUAUGAAGGUUCCUUGAUUAAGUUAACAUCAAAGCAGCCUGUUGGUUUUGUAACCUUUGACAGUCGGUCUGGAGCUGAAGCUGCCAAAAAUGCAUUAAAUGGUAUACGUUUCGAUCCAGAGAGUCCACAAACCCUACGGUUAGAAUUUGCAAAAGCGAACACAAAAAUGGCAAAGAGUAAGCUGAUGGCCACACCAAACCCCACUAAUAUCCACCCAGCUUUAGGAGCACAUUUCAUUGCACGGGACCCAUAUGACCUGACAGGUGCAGCUUUAAUUCCUGCUUCCCCAGAGUCCUGGGCUCCUUAUCCUCUCUACACAGCUGAGCUGUCUCCUGGCAUUCCUCAUGCAGCGUUCACUUACCCAGCAGCAGCCGCAGCUGCUGCUGCCCUCCACGCUCAGAUGCGCUGGUAUCCUUCCUCGGAGGCUACCCAGCAAGGCUGGAAGUCUCGCCAGUUUUGCUGAACCAUCCAAUGCAUCAAUACUUACUGUUCUCCAACUCUUCUGACGUGAAACCUUAAGAGCUCUUGAAUCCUGUUGAAGGAAAGGCAAUUUUCUUGUAUUUUUUUUUUUUUUUUUUGGAAUUCCCCCUUCAUUCCUCCUCCAUUCUGCAGAGACUGAUCUUGGAGGUCUGACCAUGCUUUCUACUGCAAGGUUUGCAAGACUCGUGUGAACAAAAUACCCCUUUGUAUAGAAAAUGGUUAAGACUUGUCAGUCCAAGAGUUUGCAUGUUGAAGUCCGUAGCAUGUAACCUUUUUUCUAUUUUGACUUUGGCUGACUGGACUCUCUUUAGUCGUUUGACACUUUCCUGAGUUUCUUGCUUUUUUUUUUUUUUUUUUGUGUCUGAAUUGCUUGCAAUAUGAAUUUAAGGCCAGCUGCCUCUGGUCAGUAAAACUUAUGAGAGGGUAGGGUAGGAUAGCGUGGUAAGAAGUGGGCCAGGGAAAAUCUAUAUAUAUAUAAUUUUCUUUAAAGGGUUACUCUAUGCACUGGGGUUUUAAAAUCUAUAUGAUAAAAGCUUAGUAUACUGUUGGGCUCUUUUGAAUUACCUCAGCUUGUACAGAAUAAUCUUAUGGAUUGUGUAUGAAGUGGUAAGGUCAAUCCAGUCUUUCCAGCUUGUUUUGAAGAAACACUGAAUUGAUUUCUUGUGUGUAAUUUAAUAAAAUAUAUAUUUGUGGGGUUUUUUUCCUCUUGCCCUCCCUGCUUUCCAGCAGUGGGGCUUUUGAGUUGGAAAUGGGGAGGUUUAAAAAAAGUUUGUGUUGCAUACAUGUUUGUGUACUUUUUUUUUGUUUAAAUAUCGAUUUAAACUGUUCAGAAAGUAAACUAAGAUUAUUGUGAAACUGAUUCAAAAUGUGUUUAAAAAAUAAUAAAAAAAACACAAACUUU